AUGGGAGUCGUCCAACGAGUGCUCGACUGGCCGCAUCUGCCUAUGGUCGUGUUCAACUUGAUCUUGCCGUUGGUCAUCUUCAACGUGGCGAAGGAGCACACGAGUCAAAUUGUGGCCGUGUUCCUUUCGGGGAUUCCGCCCAUGGGGAAGACGUUGGUGCAAGUGUUUGCGUACAACAAGAAAGACGUGAUUUCGAUCGUCCAGAUCAUCUCGACGGCGUUCUCCGUGGUGAUCAUGCUCUUCACAGACAACGCCAAGGUGCUGCUGGUCAAGGACUCGCUGUCGACCAUCACGGUUGGCAUCCUCUACUUCGUCUCGGUUGCGUACUUCCACGAGGAUUUGUUCUUCACGUUUCGUCGCCAUUUUUCCUCGAAAACACCCGAGGAAAUGGAUGCAUUGUACGCACUGCCCCACGUCCAGCGCGCGUCCAGGUACCUCUCUGUCGUGUGGGGCUUCGGUAUGAUCAUCGAAGCGUUCAUCCGCAUCACCCUCAUCGUGCUCUUGUCUGUUCAAACCAUGGUGUAUGUGUCUCCCGUGAUUCCCAUGGUGUGUUUCUGGCCGCUCGGGUUUUGGUCGUUCAAGUACUUGCAAAAGCAUGAAGUCGUCGAAGGAGCUGAAAACGAUGUGACCAAGCCACUGCUCCCCACAUCCAAAGAGCUCGACUACCAAGUCGACAGCCUAGCCUAA